UUCUAAGUCGAAAUCCAAAUGUUUCCCCACAUAAUUUCUUAUAAUACAUUCAUAUUAUAGUGUUUUAUUUUAAGGUUUUAAGACAAAUUUGGAUGGUAAUUUAGAUUAUAGAUUUAACUGAUUAGUAUUGAAAUUUGAUUUAGAGCUUUUCACUUUGUGGAAUUUCAAAAGGGUAACUAAUUUUCAACGGUAGAAUGUUGGAAACAAAAGAAAUUAAGAAUAUUUACUACUAUAAAAUAUAAUUGGGGAAUGAAUUAAAAAUUGAAUAUUUUUUAUUAAAGAGAAGAGGGGGGUUUAUAAACUUGGUAACUCUUAACUAAAUUUGAAUUUUUUAUUUAUUUUUU